AUGGUUUUUUAUAGAGAGCGGCAGGAAGCCCUCGCUGUGCAAGGCUUAAAGGAAGCUGUGCAGGAUAGUCUUGCGAAGUAUUUGUACUCCAAUGCUAUUUUUUGUGCGGAGAGACUUUAUGCAUUGGCACCGACACAUGAAUCAUUACACACUCUGGCGCAUUGCUAUGUUACAAGUGGGGACGCUGGAACAGCCUACCGGCUUCUGCGGAUGCAUUACCCCUUUUUGAUGUCAACUACUGCUGCUUCAAACACCACAAAUAGCAAUAACAGUGGCCACAGCACUGGUGGUGGAAGCGGCACCACUGCCGAUGCUGCGGCGCGAUGGGACUGUCAAUAUCUUUUGGGGGUGACAUGUGGUAUGACGCAACGGUACAUGGAGGGAGAGGGCUUUCUUGAGGAGCUUGAGCGGCAUCGAUCAAGUUCGGAGGUACUAUAUUGGUUGGGUGUGUGUCGUCAGCAUCUUCGUCGUAGUUACGCCGAAGAGACGUUCGCAAAAAGUGCCCUGUUAGAUCCACUUAAUUUUAUGGCGUUUGAGAACCAUAUUAAGAUGACACUAACCCCACGCAAAGAAGUGUGCUCUAUAUAUGCCGAUGCGACAAUGCCUGUAGCAUUGACGGAAGAUGUCAUGCGUCGUUCUUCAAUGAGUGAGGGGGGCGGCACUCAAAGGCAUAGGAAGCGGGAGGCAGUGCGACUCCACUUGUCCCGCUUUGCUUCUGUGACUUUUAUGCAGUGGACCUAUAGAUGCAAAGAGGCACAGGAAUUGCUUAAACAUGAAACUUUUCCCGAGCGAGACUCAGGAUGGGCACUGGGCGCACUCGCCAUGGCGUACUUUCACGACGGCGAUGUGGAGAACGCAACCAAGGUGUUUGCUCAUAUGAGGCGUGUGGAGCCGUGGCGACUGGCGGACCCGGCGCUGGUGUACUAUAGCACUGCCCUGUGGCAACGCAAGGAGAUGGGAACAUUAGGCUCUCUUUCGCAAACACUUAUUAACGAAAUGCCUACCUCGCCCAUCACGUUGUGUGUUGUGGCUAACGCGCACAGUCUUGUAAAGGAGUCAAAGGAGGCUCUCUGUAUGCUUAACCGCGCCAUUCAAGUGGAUCAUGACUUUGCCUCCGCCCACGCUCUGCGUGGAUACGAGCUAUUGUACUUGGAUUUAAAGUCUGAGGCAGCGGAUGCAUUUCACGAGGCCAUUCUGAUCGAUGUUGGUCACUACAACGCCUACGCCGGCCUCGGCGAGUUAUACUUUAGAAACGAAGAUUUGCAAAAGGCACGCCAUUACUUUCGACAAGCCUUCAGUAUUAAUCCUCUGCCGGCCAUCGUGAACCGAUAUGCCGCCACAUAUCACCGACGUGGUGCCUCACGGGAGAGUUUGAAUGAGGCGCUUCGCAUCUACGAAAACGCUAUCCGGCGACACCCAAGCAAUCUUGGUGCUCGGCAUCAACGUGCGGAGGUGUUGAUUCAUCUUGGUCGCCUCGACGAGGCCCGCAGGGAAUUGUUGGGGAUGACGAAAGAGUGCCCGGAUGAGGCAAUGCUGUACGUGACGCUUGCAAAGUGUGUGCAUCUAAUGGGCCUGCCCGAUCAGGCGCUACAGUACUACUACACCGCGAUGGAUUUGGACCCACGACGAGCCGGGUAUAUUAAGAGCUGUCUAGAGAAAUUGGGGAUGGGGGACUCUGAAGUUGUGGAGCCAAAUGUCUAA